GUCGCCGGAGAAUCGGCCGGAGAAUCGCCGGAGGAGGAGGGGAGGGAUGGGGAACCAGAAGCUGAAGUGGACGAAGGAUGAGGAGGAGGCCCUCCUCGCCGGAAUCGCCAAGCACGGCCCCGGGAAGUGGAAGAACAUCCUCAAGGACCCCGAGUUCGCUCCCGCCCUCCUCAAUCGCUCCAACAUCGACCUCAAGGACAAGUGGCGUAACUUGAGCGUCGGUAAUUCUGGACAAGGUUCUAAAGAUAAACAAAGGCUGCCAAAAGUUAAAAGUCUGAUGGCCGUUCCACAGUCCAGUACUGCACCUCUAACUCCACAAGCUCAUGCUGCAUCUACUGAUGUUGCCAUGGUCAAUUCGUCAAAUAGCUUUCAAGAUGGCAAAAAUUAUUCACUGUACAACACGCUCAUAUUUGAAUCACUUUCAUCCACGAAAGGUCCCAAUGGAUCCGAUAUUGGUGCUAUUGUUAGCUUCAUUGAGCAAAGGCAAGAGGUGCCGCCAAAUUUUAGACGAUUAUUGAGUUCAAAAUUGAGAAGGCUUGUUUCUCAAGGCAAACUCGAAAAGGUGCAGAAUUAUUAUAAGAUCAGUCUACAAGCUCCUCUAGGAACAAAAACAAAUGUCCCUGAGCAGAAGGAUGUUCGGUUCCUGCCGUCACAGCAGUUGGCAUUGUCAAGUCAUGAGACACUGAAAGAGGUGGCAAUGGCUGCUGCCUACAACAUUGUUGAAGCAGAGAACAAAUCGUUUUUGGCUGCCGAGGCUGUUAAGGAGGCUGAACGAGUCUCAAAAAUGGCAGAUGACGCAGUUAUGACGCUACAGCUAGUACAAGAAAUCUACGAACAAUGUUUGCAAAGUGAAAUUGUUCUCAGGGCGUGACUCAUUCAGUGUAACUCCAAAGGAUUAUAUACUCGCUGUAAUUAUCUGACUUGCCUUGCCUGUAAAUUUUUUCCAUGGAAAAUACUUAGGAUUUUCUCGCCUUAAGCGCUCUUAUUUGGUUGAAUAUCUGUUAAAUCAUAUAUGUUGCUGUUUAAGAGUAAAUAAUUCUUUA